AUGCCUUCGGCGACAGGUUCACACUCCUCGUCCCUCGAUUCCAUACUACAUACGCUUCAGCAAUCACUCACCCAUGGCGACUCAUCUCAUGCGCAAUCACAAUUGCAAAAAGCAAAGCUGGCCCUCCUCCAACAGAAUGCCCUAAUACCCUCAGAACAAAUUCCCGUUUCCACACUGGCAACCGCUCGAUCGAUCCUGGAAGCCGGCGCUCUUCUGUCUAUCCGAUCACGAGAUCCCGAAUCCUUCGUGCGAUAUUACUCCCAACUCCAACCUUUCUACGACUUCCCUGGCCUUCAACCAUCACCCUCGCGUGGCCGAUCGAAAAUCACCGGGCUAUAUCUAUUACUCCUCCUCAGUCAGGGUGACUAUGCUGGAUUUCACACACUCCUCGAAACCUUGAUCGUGGCCGAAGGGUCGAAUGGUGCGUCGUCAGUAGAAGAGGACCAAUUCAUUAAAUACCCAAUCGAGCUGGAAAGGAGUCUGAUGGAAGGGAGCUAUGAUCAAGUCUGGCGCAAGACCAGCGGUCGAGACGUCCCCGGUGAAGAAUUCGCCUUGUUCUCUGAUAUUCUGAUUGAUACCAUCCGCCGAGAGAUCGCCUCGUGCGCCGCCCGCUCCUACCCUUCCCUCCCAAUUGCUUCGGCCAAGAAUCUUCUCUUCCUAGACUCUGAAGGUGCGGUGAUGGCCUUUGCGAAUGAAGAAGGGUGGAGCCUGAAGGACGGGAGAAUAUACUUCCCUGGCAUGGAAGACGCGAAGAAGGCAGAAGAGAGUGAUCAGAAAGAAGUCAUCAAUCACAUGGUCGAAUACGCCCGGGAAUUGGAGAUGAUUGUCUGA